AUGGAGGGGCUUGACCGAGCAUCAACAGGUGCCGUCGUCGCCCGGCCAGGCCAGGCAUCGUACAGACGCCGGCGCGAGGUUGCGUCAAACGGAGCCCGCGGGCGGCUUCCAGACCAGCCGCAGAAACUUCCGUGGCCUCGCAGCCCCCUUCCCCGGGGCACGGAGGCCGGCGUGGGACCGCUGCUCCGCUGCAACUCGCGAGGGCGGCCGAUCCAGACGUGCGCGGGGAGCGGCGGGUUGGGCACCUCUCUGCGAACUCGCAACACGCUAGUCCCGACGCACGUGCGGAUGGCCGCCAAGGAGCUCCGCGAAAGGCCAACCCCGCCCGGGCUGCGCUCCGGCGCGCCCCGUCCAGCCCCGUCCCCUCCGGCUUCUGCCUGGGGCCGUCGCCGCUGCUGGCAGGCGGCCGAGCGGCCCGAGCGCGGCCUCGCCCCCUCCGCCUCCUCCUGCGGCGGCGCCUCCUCCUGCGGCCGCUGCCUGCCUGCCUGCCUGCCUGCCUGCCCGCCCGCCUCGUCCGCUCGCCCGCCCGCCAGCGCCGCCGCGCCCGCCCCGGCCAUGGGGAGGCGCCGCCGGGCCCGGGAGCCGCCCGCCCGCCUCCUGCUGCUGGCGCUGGCGCUGGCCUCGGCCUCGGCGCUGCUGCUCGCCUCGCUCAGCCUCCUCCUGGCCGCCUGGCCCCGCCGCCCCGCCGCCGCCGCGCCACAGGAGGCGCUGUCUGCAGACGACGCCAAGGCGAUGGAUUCAGUGGUGCUUUCUUCCAGCUGGAGCAGCCAAGGCAAUUUCCUACACCAUUUUGCCCAGCAGGGGGCACUGCGGCAGCGAAGACAAGCCUCUGGCCGAGGGAAGCGUCGGUCCAGCAAAGCAAGCACGAUCUCUGCUGCGCAUUACGAAGUGCAACCCACAGAAGGACGAGGUGGCAUCCAGGCAGAUGGUAGCGGCACCAUCCGUGGCUGGGGAGAGGCCAAGCUGAACACAAGCAGCCCCCUCCGCUACAACAGCAGCCGCGGGGAGUUCACCGUGCUCAAGAGAGGGCUCUAUUACCUGUACUGCCAGGUUCAUUUCAAUGAGGACAAGAUCAAUUAUAUGAAGCUGGACGUAGUACUGGGGGGGCAGCUGGCUCUGCGCUGCGUGGAAGAGUUCCGUCCCACCAGCUCUGGCCCCCAGAAGGCUGAGCUGCGGGUGUGCCACGUCUCAGGGCUGGUGCUGCUCAGGCCCCAGGAGUCCAUCCGGCUCCAAACCAUCCCAAAUGUCCAGCUCAAGGCUGACCGCUACCUCACCUACUUUGGCCUCUUCCAACCCUCCUUUCCUGGUUGUAGCCCUCCUCAAAGGUUCCACAGUCCAUUUUUUCUGUUCAUGCAAGCAGGAUGGGGGGAAAACAUCGCCCAGCCCAGCGGUGCCCCCUCGUUGAAUCCCACGGAGAACAUCUGCAGAGGACUUGGGAGUGAACACAGCAUGCUAAAUCCAGCUGCCCCUCCAGGACUGAAGGCCAAUGUAGGACUCAGGCUGGAGUCCCAGCGCCACCCCUCUCUGCUGGCUGCGGUCUGGGUGGGUGGGGGUGCCCUGGGAAUGGCGGCCUGCCUGCUCACGGUAAUAUGCGUCCAAUGCCACCUGGAAGCCUUGCGAAUGGAGCUCUCUCAGCUGAGAAAAGAGUUGCUGUCCAAGAUGCACGGAGACGCAGGAACCCUCAGGACCCCCCAGGAGGCUGGAGAGCUUCUGGUGCCCUGGGAUCCGAAGGAGAGGCCUCCAACACCCCCGGAAAGGAGGAAGAGGGAUUUGAGGAAGACCCCACAGGAAUCCCCCCGCCAACGCAAAAAACAAUCUGUCCUGCAUUUGGUUCCUGCUCGCCAAUCCAGUAGCCGUGAUGGAGAAUUCACAGAGAUCUGGUGGGAGACCUUUCUCCGCCAGGGCCGAGCCCUGGAACCAAGUGGUCAAGAUGUGAUAGUGAAACACACGGGGCUCUAUUUCAUUUAUAGCCAGGUGCUGUUUCAUGACAACACCUUUACUAUGGGGCAGGAGCUGAGGCGGCUGGUGCCAGGGGGACAGGAUCAGACCUUGUUCCGCUGUGUCCAGAGCAUGCCAGCCAAACCAGAGCAGGCAUACAACAGCUGCUACAGUGGAGGCAUAUUCCACCUGCAACAUGGAGACCGUGUGAACUUGCGCAUUCCACGCUUCAAUGCUUCUUUCAUACUAAGUCCUCACGGGACCUUCUUGGGAUUGCUCCGUCUAUAGGGGGGUGCCUGGCCAGUCCAUUCCCCCCUACAUCCAGAUGCUGGGCCAAGCAAGCUGUCUUCUGAAGAAAGAACCCCGGUCCCUGGAGGAGCCGAGAGCCCUGAGGCACCACGGAGGUGACAGCCGGGGUCAGCCCUUCAAGGCUAAAGCACUACAGCCAGAGCUGGCAAUGACAGGAGCCCAAAUCCGGAGGCUUCAUUCCUAGUGGCGGGAGAGAGUUGGGAUCCAGUUGUCUGAGCUCCUCAGUGAAGGAACUUACUUUUGUAUUUCAGUUUUUUAAUUGUUAUGUUUACAGUGAUUAUACAGUAUCAUACUCAAAAAGCAGAAGUGACUAGAAACCAUAAUAAAGAAUUA